AUGUCCAGCGGGGGCUUUCGCCACAGUCCGGAGGAUCUCAAGGCCCUAAUGACGGAUGCGACCGUCGAGAGCCUAAGGACGCGGUUCGAGGGCACCGACGGCCUUUUGAGGAGUCUGAAGACUACCAGUCUCAAGGGGUUAUCAUCUAAGGAUGUCCCCAAGCAUUUGGAGUAUUAUGGACGCAACAAGGUCGAGCCAAGACCCCCUAAGUCCUUCUGUAGGCUUUUCUUCGAGACCUUCAAGGAUGUGACCAUCAUCAUCCUCCUAAUUGCCUCGAUUGUUUCAAUAAUCGUUGGUUCCAUUCCCUCACUCAGCGAAGAGGAGUACGGCUGGAUUGAUGGAGUUGCAAUACUGGUUGCCGUCCUGAUAGUUGCUCUGGUGUCGUCAAUUAACGAAUUCUCUAAGGAGAAGCAGUUUCGUAAGCUUAACGCUAUAAAGAAUAACAAGCAAAUUAAAGUCGUAAGAGACGGAAAAGAGACAGUCGUUUCCAUUUUUGACGUAGUUGUUGGUGAUAUUGUCGUCAUGGAGCUAGGCGAUCAGAUUCCUGCAGACGGUGUCCUCGUCUCUUGCAAUGACAUGAAGUGUGAUGAGUCUGGGAUGACCGGUGAAAGUGAUGAAAUUAAAAAGGAUCUUGCUGCAAAUCCGUUCGUGAUCGGGAGCUGCCUUGUCACUCAUGGAUCUGGGCGCAUGGUCGUUGCUGCUGUUGGCAAGUACAGUAAGCACGGCGAUAUUCUUGCUACCCUUCAGGAGGAGGAUGAGCAGACCCCCCUGCAAGAGAAGCUCGAGGUUCUUGCGAAGUACAUCGGCUAUGCUGGGAUUGCUGCUGCCAUUCUCACGUUCAUUGUUCUGGUUUCCCGGUUCUUUGUUGAUGGCCGUCAAAGCAAUUCAAAGAACUUCACGCAGUGGGUCGGCUAUAUGAUCACGUCGAUCACCAUCAUCGUCGUCGCCGUGCCGGAGGGCCUUCCGCUUGCUGUGACGAUCUCUCUUGCGUUUUCUAUGAAGAAGAUGAUGCGUGACCAGUGCCUCGUCCGGAAGCUUCAUGCAUGUGAAACGAUGGGCAGUGUCAAUAAUAUUACCAGUGACAAGACCGGAACACUUACUCUCAACAGAAUGACGGUCGUUCGCAUGAGGAUUGAGAACAGCUUUUACUUGAGGACAAGUGGUAAAACGAGUGCCGAUGACUCCGAGUGUUCUCCAAUGCCGGAUGCCGAGGCGAUCGCAGACAAGAAGUUUUCCAGGGGUGUUGCGGGCAUUUUUGCAUUGAACUCGGCACUUAACUCUACCGCCAACCUCCGUGUUGAUGAGAGUAGUAAGCCUCCAAAGGGUAUUAAGAGGGGCAAAGCAGCCGUGGCUGAGGAGGACGGGUCGUCUUCUAUUGAGGUCAUUGGCAACAAGACAGAGGGCGCGCUCUUGAUGCUUUCACGCGACAUGGGAUUCGACUACCAGGAGUUCAGAGAGAUGCUUGUCAUAGACGGACAGGCCAAGGGCGCAAUCGCGCAUGCCUUUGAGUUUACGUCUGAUCGUAAGAGGAUGUCCGUGGUUUUAGAUCUGGAAAAGUUUGGGAAGACGAGUGCUGCUGAAAGCUUAAAGGGCGCUCUCGAUCUAAUUGACGAUCGUCGUUCUUACCUUGUUCUGUCUAAAGGUGCUUCCGAGAUAAUGUUGGAGCGCUGCAGAAACAUUCUUAAGACAGAUGGGACUGUUGUGCCUCUCACAGAGAGCAUGCGUUCCGAAUAUGAGAAAACGAUUAUCUCAUAUGCAACCAAGUCACUCCGCACUCUUUGCGUUGCCUAUAGGUCGGUUUCCAAGGUUGACGGAGACAGGAAGGAGGGUGCCACGAUGGAGGAUGGUACAGUGGAGAACAUCCACAACUACGCCAAUGCGGAUUAUAUUGAGAAGGAUCUUACGCUGAUAUGCUUAGUCGGCAUCAUGGACCCUUUGCGCCCUGGUGUCACUAAUGCCGUAGAGCGCUGCAAGCGUGCUGGAAUCACUGUGCGGAUGGUUACAGGCGACAACAAGAUCACUGCUGUUGCCAUUGCAAAAGAAUGUGGAAUCCUUCCAGACGACAUAUCGGACGAUAUAAUUGAUAAGUACGUUACUACAGGGCCAGAGUUCCGCAAGCUUUCAGAUACAGAGUUGGACGAGAUCCUUGAUACCCUCCGAGUCAUUGCGCGUGCUGCUCCUAAAGACAAGUACCGCUUGGUCAAGAGACUGAAGCACUACAACCACACGGUCGCUGCGACGGGUGACGGAUCCAACGAUGCUCCCCAGCUCAAGGCUGCAGACGUGGGACUUGCUAUGGGGAUUGCCGGGACUGAGGUAGCCAAGGAGGCCUCCGACAUAAUAAUUAUGGAUGAUAACUUCCUCUCUAUCGUCCGUGCUGUGGAGUGGGGUCGUGCAGUCCUUACAAAUGUUCGCAAGUUCCUUCAAUUCCAGCUCACUGUCAAUGUUGCUGCCGUCGUCGUUGCUUUCCUCGGAGCGGCUGUUCUGGAGGAGUCUCCGCUGACUGCUCUGCAGAUGCUUUAUGUCAACCUCCUCAUGGACUCUCUCGGUGCGCUGGCUUUAGCGACUGAAGACCCAGCUAAGAAUGUGCUUGACUAUGAGCCUGUCCAUAGAGCUGCCAGCCUCAUCGCCCCUGGCAUGCUGCGCAACAUUCUCAUCGUCGCCUUCUAUCAGAUCGCUGUUAUCCUUCUAAUGAUCUUUGGUGUGGUAGGAGACACCCUGCUCAUGGUUCCAGAUUCUGUUAAGUGUAUACCCAUGGCUGACGGCUCGUGCGCCUACAACGAGCACGGAGCAAAGGCCUACAGGUAUACGUGCAUAUACAAUUUCUUUAUAUUCGCCCAGCUUUUCAAUGAAAUCAGUUCGAGGCGUAUAAACAAUGAGCUCAACGUCUUCUCUGGCCUCCACAAAUCACCCAUGUUCAUCUUAAUCUUCCUCGGUACGGUCGGUAUGCAACUCAUUAUUAUGCUUGCUCCUGGUGUCCGUUAUAUCUUCCAUAUCUUCGACUGUAGUGAGAACCACCAGAGCUACUGUGGGAAUAGCCAUGAUCACGGUAUCCUCUGGCAGUCGUGGGCCAUCACCUUGGCCUUUGCACUCUUCACUGUAUUUGUCCACCUCUUUGGAAGGCUGAAGAAACUGAAGCCUGAGUUCAAGGUUAGUGAGAAGGCAGCCAAGAGGGCCAUGGAGAAGAAGAACGCUCGCGCGGCUAAGAGAGAAAAGAAGGCCGACAAGGAGAAAAGGGCUGGUAAGGCGGAGGCGAAGAAACUUCUCGAGCCAUCUGGUAGCGACUGA